AUGGGAGCUGGGCGCUUGAUGAUGCAGCGAAUAGUGUGCCGUGCGCGAGUCCAAUCAUGGAUGAGCUUGGUGGCUUACGCGAUGAACCUGGGUGUCACGUAUGGCUCGUUAACAGGGGCCUUUGGCAAGACCAACACCAAGUUGAGCGAGAAGUACCAGACCCUGGUCACUCCUGCUGGCUACGCAUUUUCCAUCUGGGGGCCGAUCUUCAUUUGGGAGGGGGUCUUCGCAGUGGCACAAAUGUUUCCAACUUUAGGUAGCAGCGCUGUUGUCGAGACCAUGACACCCUGGUGGAUUUGCGCAUGCUGCUUCCAAGUUGCCUGGACUGUGUUCUUUGCACAGGAGAUCAUUCCUGUGUCUCUUGCCUGUAUGCUAGGCAUUCUCCUAAGUUUGCUCAUCGGGAUCCUCCGCACAGACUACCUGCCAGACAUCUCUGUGAAGGAGUACUUCUUGCUGCGGGCACCGUUCUCUUUACACAGUGGGUGGAUCAUAGCAGCAAGCGCCUUGAACACCAAUGUUGUUGCUGAUUACUACAGGACAUCUGACACGGGGCUGCUGAUGCUUGCCAUGGUAUCGCUUUGCACUAUCGCAGUGCUUGUGGCACUAUUCGCUUUGGCAGCUCCACGGGCAGAUCCUAUCAUUGCAUUGGUGGCUUGCUGGGCGCUCCUGGGGAUUUUUGUAGAGCUUAGCGACCCAGAAAACCUGAUGAACCUCGGCAAAUUCAAUUUUAUUGACUGGCCUGAUCUCAUCAUCAAUGCAGUGCAGCAGACAGCCUUGGUGUUGAGCCUGGCCAGCGGAUGCGUUGGAUUGCGAGCAGCCGACCUCGAUGACAAUUCCAACCCGGAUUGGGGAAGAUGUCAACGCGUCUUGCGGAAGAACAACGCUUUGCUUUUGUUGGCAGGUGAGACCAUGCACUUCAAGGUUCAGGCAAUGACAUGGGGUACCGCUGAAGAAGCGGCCAAUGCCGUGGCUUCGUUGGAUCAGAUUCUGCGGCCUGGCCGAGGAAAAAAGAUUGAAAAAAAGAUGAGGAUCCGCUUGCUGGGCUGCCUUGCGGCUGACCAGGAUGUGGCAGAAAUGGUCAUGGAUGCCGCCUUGCCACGUUUGCGCCAGCUAUUGCAAGAUUCAGACGAGAACGCAAAGUGGCGAAUGCUGAUGAACUUUGAAGCGACUAAGUGCCCCAGUGAUGUGGUCCCCGCCGUGGAUGGGGAAGGUCUGCUUCAGCAAGGCAAGUUCGACUGCAAAGCAGAAGCUGCAAAUGCCAUUGGUGAGCUGGCGAAUGCAACCGACCGACGCCUGUUCAAGAAGAUUGCCAUGCACCUCUUGGAGUCAGACAUUUUGGAGCCACUGUUAGCGCUUUGGCUGAGGAGUUCUGGAGGUUCUUGCUCCUCUCAUGCUUCACGAACUCUCUGUGUGCUGGCUUCUACUGAGAAGACAGGAACCGUAAUUUUGGCAAAAGGAGCCUUGAAACCACUCGUUUCCCUCCUGAAGGGACAUCCUCAAUUGGCACGAGUUCUGCGAGUGGCGAAGGUGUUGCAGGCGCUGGCGGAUUUCAACCGCGGCAGCAUGGAUUUGGCACUCUCACAAGAGAGCAGCCAGCAAUUGAUGUCUCCUAGCUGCAGCGGCACGACUCCAGCUUUCCAUCGUCCGACUUUGAACAUUAUAUAA